AUGACGUUCGGUCAAGAGCCCGCGUUCUCGCCGUACAAGUCGAACGCGAAGAACGAUCGCGGCGGCGGCGGCGGCGACGACGACGACGACGACGACGACGGCGGCAUUCUUUUGCCGCCGCCGCGUCGGAGGACGAACGGCGCCGGCGCCAGCGUCGGCGCCGGCGCGCUGCGCAGCACGCACGACGAGGACGACGUCGCGAUGAUAGGCACGAUGCGGAGCAGCGUCGGCGCCGUUCGAACGUCGACGUCGUCGCGCGAGCCGUCCGCGCGCGAUCCCCCCGGGCGCGGUCUCUCCCCGACGCGCGAAGUCGCGGAGGCGGAAGUGCUCGCGGCGCUCACGCUGGAAGCGGAGCUCGAUCGCGGCGCGGAGGAAGAGGCCGCGCGCGUCGCCGCCGCGGCGUCCGCGCACGCGAACCCGGUCCCGGUCCCGGUCCCUCGCGCGCGGACGCCGCCGGAGAUGCUCCCCCCGCCGAGCACGCGCGCGGUGGCGCCGUCGCGUUCGUUCGAGUCCGACGCGACGACGACGACGACGUAUCCAGACUCGUACAGCGACGACGAGUUCGAGGCGUACGAUCCCGCGGAGGACGAGCUCGAGAGGAGCGCGCGGCGGGAGGUGGUGAUGAUCGCCGCGAAGUCGCUGUCGCCGGAGACGACCUCCUCGAAGAGAGAGGGGAGAGAGGGGACGUCCGUCGCGUCUUCGUCGUCCCCCGCCGCGACGACGACGUCCGGCAGGCGGUGGGUCGAGAACGAGGCGUUUCAGCGGUCGAGCUCGGGCGGAUCCCCGACGUUCUCGCUGUCCACGGACGACGACGCGUGGAGCGAGUACGGGAACAACACGCCGACGACGCCGACGACGACGACGCGCGGCGGGUCCAAAAACACAUCGACGUCGAGUGUUACGACGUCCGCGGACAAUAGGAGGGCGUACGCGGAUGCCAACGCGAGCGCGUCGUCGACCGGCUCGGGCGACGGCGACGGCGACGUCGCGGCGCGGAUGAUGGCCGCGCGCGCGAAGAAAGUCGCGCGCCUGCGCGCGAAGUGCGAGAAGGAGCUCGGGAAGAAGCGCUUCGCCGCGGUGCGGAGUUUUCUGAAGCAGACGCGGCGGAAGCAAGCCGCGGCGGCGGCGGCGGCGCGGAGGGCGGGGCCGCUUCCCUCCGGCGGCGGCGCCGGAGCCGGGACGCCGCGGGGGGGGAACGCGACCGGGCCGCUCAGCGAGGCGUUCAUCAUGGCGAAGCUCCUGUCGCUCGUCGGCGGGGACAAGUCGAAGCUCGCGGCGUGUUUCUCCGUGGACAUGCUGUGCUUCGAGGAGCGACUUUUUUUGGAGCGCGGCGGGAGAGAGAGCGAUUUGAAAUUUUUGGGCGCCGGCGACCAGCGAGGCACCGCCAUGUGCGUCACGAGUUAGUCGACGCGACGACUUUACGUUUUGACGACGACGUCGUGUUGUGUUUAUUUAGGUGGCAAUCGUCGUAUC